GCCAAUCAGCGCGCAGAGCGCAGGACGUCACGGCUCAGUCUGUGGAACCCGGGGAAAGAGAACGAGCGUUCUGGAAGUCUUUCCUGGAUCCUCCCCUCACACGCCCAGCGCCCGCUUCUGCGAUAGAGUACCCGGUACGGGCGGACAUGGCACCGGGCGUGCGUCAGCAUCUGUGCUGAUAAUGCUCACGAUGAAGCUGCCCCAGUAUAAGCAGAGCGCGUCGGAUGAGGACGAAGGCGGAGAGCGGCUCGGGAUGUGUUCUAGUCCCUGCAGCCUCUGCCCAGCCGCCGGUGGUGCUCCGGGGCCGGGCUCCCUCCAGAGGGAGGCGGUGUAUGAGUGGUUCGUGCAGGCGCUGGGCCCGGCGCAGAGACUGGAGUUCACCUGCGGAUUACUGGACUUGUGUAACCCGCUGGAGCUGCGCUUUCUGGGCUCCUACCUGGAGGACUUGGCCCGCAAGGACUGCCACUAUCUGCGGGACUACGAGAGCAGAGCCAACGGCCUGGCCGGGGAGAUGCUGGGCGACCUGGGGGACCCCCUCAUCCGCUCCCGCCUCAUAGUCUUCCUGGCGCUGCUCAGCUCCGAGAACCGGGACGUAGCCGGCCGCCUCUACCGAGCGCUGCUGGCGGGCUGGGACGAGGAGGACCGGGAGCCCGGGGAGGAGCUGCUGCUUCUCUUCACCAUGGCGUCCCUGCACCCGGCGUUCUCCUUCCACCAGCGGGUCACCCUGCGGGCGCGCCUGGAGCGUCUGCACGAGGCCUUGUGUGGGAGAAGCCGCCCUGAGGAGAAUAUUCAUGAAUAUUUACCCAACCAUGAUGGCUGCGUCCCAGAUGGCAGUGUAGGUGCUCGCAAUGGAGUUGGAGCAAUGGUUCACAAUCUUCAACAAGCAGCUGUUCACAUUGCGAGUAUAAGUAUUAAGCAUGUACAGAGGAGGAGAGCUGACAAGAACUCGGACUACACGUUUGAGGUAAAGUGGUCCGAUAACUCAAGAACAUCUGUUACAAAAUCUCAUCGGGAGCUGCAGGAAUUUGUUUUAAUGCUUCCAAAAGAGCUCUCCAAUGAAAACCUUGAUAAACCCAUUUUAUCAGCCUUACAACUAGGGAAAAGGAGAGAAGAGUCUCACUGCUGUGACUUGGAGCUGAUUGUAAAGCAAAUCUUUUCAUCUCCGUCCCAGGCUCUACUUCAGAAUCAAAAGGUCUACAGCUUUUUCCAGAGUAUCCAAGCAGAACCUACUCACUCUGGUAGUCAUUUACAACCUAGUUCAAAGUAUUGUAAAAGCCAAGAAGACAGCUCCGAGACCUCAAGUCAAGAGGAAGAUGUUACACACCAUACGUCGGUUCAUAAGAAAUCUGCUGGGAAAUGUUUGGUCACAAAUUUUAUUGCAGCAAAAAGUUCCCCUGGGACUCAUGUGGGACAUGGUGAACAGAAUGGUAAAGACUGGAGUAAGAGUAACUGCGCCUCUGAGUAUUAUUUAAGUACAGGGCACCAGCGAUCAUUGGAUAGACGGAGUUUACAUCCAAUAGCGCGGGAAUCCUCGGAUAGCAGAACUGCACAGAAACUGAAUGGCCGGUCAAUAUACAAAGCAAAUGGGGUGAAACCUCCUCCAAACUUGAGGACCUUGACUGGGAAAGAUCCAGCAUUGGAAAUUGGGUCUGGGCAUGACACUUGUGGAGAAACCUCUUCUGAGAGUUACAGUUCCCCACCUAGCCCCCGCAGUAAUAGGAGAGAGAGCUUCGAGAGCGAAGAAGAGAAAGACAGAGAUACAGACAGUAACUCGGAGGACUCCACCAAGCAUAUUUCUGGUUUCACAACAUUUGGCGCAGUUAAAGCUUCCGCUGCCAAAUUGUCUGAGCACCUUAACAAUGAAGACAAUACUACUGAGACCCUGAACAAUCCCAAGUUUUUUCUCUUGCCUCCAUUACAUUGUGUGAUGCCAAGUGGCGCAGAUAAAUUGGAACAUGGGAUUCCACCAUCUAUGUCCUCAAAUGGAAAGCCUCUUGGUAUGCUUGUUAGUCCUGUAUCCAUAUCCCCUUUGAGAGAAGUAUGUCACCAGAGUUCUCCUGGAAUUGGGGCUCCACCUGCAACUUCCGUUUUGGGAGAAUCUGAGAAAUGCGUUGAUUUACUUGCUACCUCUCUGCCUGUUCCUUCCACUUUUCUCCCUCGUAAUUGUCAACCCAGCAGCCCUGCUCUGCAUAUCCCCGUUCACAGGAUGAAAUUAACUACUCAGGGGCCAUCAGAAAACUGUACAGUUAACGGAUCAACACAGAAUAAUUUAGGUCUAGGGACUGCCAAUGCUGGUUUUAUAUCUGUUCACAGUCCAAGUGGAUUUCCAGCCUCUCCUGUGACUGCUUCAGACCCCCUAGCUAAACCUAUUUCACAAAUUGCAAGUUUUAAUCAGGUUGUGCCUCGCCUGGAUGGAAGUGCUGGGGCACUGCCUGCACCUACAAACAUGAAGCUGGUUCUCUCAGCCACUAACUUACCCACUGCACCUUCAGCGGUCACUUUCUCUUUGCCUGCACAAGCACUUGCAAGUAAUAUGGUGCCUUCACCAAAUACUAAUGUGCUGAAUGCCUCUGGUACGGUUGCAUCCACUCAGACAGGUAGUUGCAGUACAGGUCAGUUACAGUCUAUCCCUCCCACAAUUCCCACGCAUAGCCCUGGACCAGCACCAAGUCCAAGUCCUGCGCUAACUCACAGUACGGCACAGAGCGAUAGCACUUCCUUUAUUAGUGCUGCGGUUGGUAAUACUAGCACAAAUGGGGCACCCCCGACACCUCAGCAAAUGGGACAAGGAGCAUGUGGGUCCUGCGGACGUCGCUGCGGAUGUGGAAACAGUGGAGCAAUCCCUUUUGGCAGUUUCUAUUAUCCUAACCCAAUCACAGGACAGAUGUAUACAAGAGUUCCUCCUAUCUUUAUUCCAUCGCUUUGCAAUAACACCUACCUCAGCCAAGCACAUCAGAGCAAUGGAACACAAUUUCCUGUCUUCCUUCAUCAGGCUCCUUACUCCAAUGGACUGAUACACGACCCUGUGCUUGGAGGUCAAGCCAACUAUGGCAUGCAACAGAUGGCAAGUUAUGCGAGGCUGUACCCAAUGUACCCAGCAACUAAUGUCGUAGGCAGCACUAAUGGAUCAGUGACUAAGAAAAAUGGGAACGUAUCCUGCUAUAACUGUGGGGUAAAUGGCCAUUAUGCACAGGACUGUAAGCAGCCACCAAUGGAGGCCAGUCAGCCAGAUAUUUAUUGGGAAAAAUCCUUGUGUUCUCCUAAUAUUGAAGUAUGAAUACGAAGAUGUCUCCAAGAUCACCGUUGGUGCAGAAUUCCUCUCUGUGUCAUGCUCAUUCUUUACCAAUCGGUUGUAGGAGAUGUUUUCCGUGAUUAUUUUUUAGCAUAGGAAAUAACCUAUGUUUUUUAGGUUUCUAUUUAAACUUGUCUGCCUAUGAAUUUAUGACUGUAUGUUAAGUCUUCACAGUAAGGCUUGGCCAUACACAUGAGAGAGCUGGCGGUCUACUCUCUGGAGGUGGCUUAUCUCUCUGAGAACAAAAGGAUCGACCUUGAUGAAUUCCAACAGAGAGUGAAGAUACCCCAUGCACAUUAGAUGGUCAGCCGAAGCCUGCAGAUUCGGAUGAUAUAGAUCUAAUGGGUAGGGCAAGCGUAAUGUUUUUUGCGAGUCAUACACCUAGUCCUAAUUUAUUUUCACUCAGGAUGUAUGAAAGUAUUUAAAUCUAAAAGCCUUGACUGUGUAAUUUUGAGGAAUAUUCUUGAUCCUUAGAAGAAUAAAAGCGUUACUAUUAGUUUUUUUUUCAAUUCUGCCACUAAGUGUGAUACAUAAUGUGAAAGUCUGAAACUGUGUUAGGUUACCUGAACACGAGGCAGAUUUGUAUGCAGAGAAUCUGCUUGAAAUCCACACUAAUUGUGGUUUUGGUGUUUUUUGCGGAUUUAUUGUUUAACAACCCCUUUGAAAUCUAUGGGGCGAACCACUCUACAUAAGGUGUGGAAUUGCACAAACAUUUGACAUGCUGUGGGUAUUAAAAUCCGCACAAAAACAAACUGUACAUGGCAUUUGUCAGGUGCCCUAAGCUUAAUUGCACACACUGCAGAUGACACGCGUUUUUCCAAGCUGAUUUUUGUGCAGAAAACAAAACGUAGAAUACAGUACUGUCAAAGUGAAUGAGAUUGGACUACUUUCACAUACACUUUUGCUUUUUUUCUUCAGUGUGGAAAUUGACCUGCAGUGCGUGCAGAUUUUCAAAUGCACAACAAGUCAAAUGUUUGCAAUUCCAAACCUUGUUUAUAGUGGUUUUUCCCUUAGUCUUCACAGGGGUUAACACACAAAAUUUGCACCAAAAACCCUAGCUAAAACCUUAACAAAUAGUGUGGAUUUAUGUGCGGUUUUAGUGCAGAUUUUCUGCGUACAAAUCCCCACCGUGUGCAGGUUCCCUUAAUGUCAAAAGACUAAUGCUGCUGUUUUUUUUUUUUUUUUAAAGUUUAUACCCCAAACCCAUUGCCAACUUAUGCACUACAGUCCAUUCUUCCAGGUAAUGUUUAUACUGUAACUGUGUGCACUGAGGUUAUUUGGGAGUUAUGGAUGUGUUUCCAGCAGCAGUCUUUUACCAGCAAAUUUUUGUUAUUUUUAUUUUUUUGCAUUCCUAUCAUUUCCAUUUGCUGGGAGGAUAUAGUUUAAUAUGCCUUUUACAUAGGCCAAGUAUAUUUUUACAGCAGGUAUAGCAGCACUUGUAAAUACGUAGUGUAUGUAAAACUACACGUAUGGUGUUAGACCAUAAAAUAGGAAAACGAAUAUUCAGGUGCAAUACUUGGAAAAAAAAAAAGUUGGUCUUGAUGUAAAACACUGUUUUGUCCUCCCCAGCUAAUGCAGUGUUGUUUUUUUCCUUUAAUAAUAAAGCAUCCAAUUCUGAUGUCUGAACAGCAUUUAGUUACCGUACUAGUUCCUAUGAAGCUUUAAUUUAAGAGAAAAUAUCUUCUAUUUUAUUUGAAAUUCUAGAUAUUUUUGGAUAUGAUAGAACACAGUGAAGGUAUUGCAAAACUCUUCAGGUAAAAAAAAAAAUCUGAGGAUUACAGAUGGGCAAGAAGAGAGGAUUCUACAGUACUGUGCAUUACCUUCCAGUUAUUAGUAUGUUUACCAUAUUCUUUGAUAUUUCAACCGUUAUGUACUGGAAAGGUUACUUAUAUUUCUAGAAAAGAUUUUGAAUUUUAUGCAAAAAUAUUUCCUUGAAUUAACAGCAAUAAAAAAAAUAAAAAAAAACAGGAAAGCAUCUCACGUGUGUUGGCACUUUAUUUACAGCCUGUGUGUGUAUGGUUGGAAUGAUAACUUGCUAGGAUGUGUUCUGUAUUACAUCAUAUAAAGUACAUGCAGAUCAGCAGACAUUACAAAAACUAAGGGAUGCUGCAAAUGGCAGUGGAUUUUUAAGUCUGGCAUGAGUCACUGGAACUUAAUCCAAAUGAUUCAGACAUUUUCUUUUUGAGGCACAUUGCGGGAGAUCCGUCACCCACAGAUACCAGAAAACUGGCUGUAAAAAUUCUCAAAUACUGGAUUUGCAACUUUUGAAACACCAUUUGCGCAAGUUUUAUGUGCAUAUGGUGAUUUACUACUGACCCUCAUCACUUUCCGAAAAGACUGCAUGGUGUUUUAGUUUUAUCCUAAUUUACUCGAGUUUCUUGGCAUAAAUGACAACUGAACUCUAUGCUGUUUAAAUUUUUGAUGAGGCACAGGUUGCCAGCGUUAAACCCUGGUCUAGAUAAAUCUCCCCAAUUGUACUUUUUAGUGAUAAAUUUCAGUUAAGAAAUUUUUACUUUUUUGACACAAAUUUUAACAAGAAUUUGGAAAAACUAUAAAUUUUUCUGCUUUUAAAAACUGUUUUCUGCCAUGUUUAGGAAGUUUUUAA